CGAGUUGCUAGUAUCGUGGAUACUGGCCUUUAGAUACGAGCAAGAUCUCAUUUUUUCGCUUACGGAAAGUUUAAAAAUAGUUGAAUUUCGCUGAUGAAAUGUGAUAUAAAUUUCCUCGGAUUUCAGUUCUCAGAUUGUACAAAUUGUUCAUAUUUUGUUUGAAGAAGACUUCUAUGCGCGAAUUCUUCCGAUUAUAUAUAUAUGGCUUCGAAAAUGACCCUUUCCCAGGCUCUGGGAACAGAUGGGAGCGACUAUAGUCAUAGGCAAAAAAUUGCAACACAUUACCAAGUUAGUGCAACAAAUAAAUCAAGACUGAAGUAUUGUAUAUUUUUUCAUUACUUAUUGUUUUUUGUUAUGCUUGCUAAACUUUCUGCAGAUAUAUUAGAUCGUCUAGACAUAUUCAUCUUAGAAAUAGAAGAGCUACAAAUACCACAGCCGUUAUGGUGGGAAUAUAUAUGGUGCACUAGUUUAUUAUUAUCUUUUCUUGCUCUCUCAGCAACUAAAAGAAACAAAAUUAAAACAUUGCAAAGAUAUAUGAUAGGUAUCGUUUUACUAGGUCACGGUCCAUUGAUAUAUGCUACUGUGUAUUACUUUAAAGAUGUCUGGACAUACUUAACUGUAGGAGAAUCUGAAGAUAUUUUUUUGUGGCAGGGUUUACCAUAUGGCGUACUUUGGUAUGCAUUUAUUCUUCUAGCUUCACAAGUUCAUUGUUUCUCUUUAUAUUUUUCUUGGAAUCUGCUGGUCGCUUGGAAAACACGGAGUGUUAAAAAAGUUAACUAAAUCUUAUAGUCAACUAUGUGUGGACCUUGUCAUGUUGAUAAAUUAUAGAUAUAUUUCAGAAUGUGAGCAUUCAUAUUUAUGUGGUUCAUGUUAAAAAACAAAGAUAUAUAAAUGUUAUAAAAAAUGGUAUACAAAAUGUGUGAAAAAUAUAUGUAACAUGUAUAUAAAAGAGAGAAUAUCAAUGUGUGUAUUUCUGUAUGCAAAAAUAUAUACAAAUUAAUUAGAUUUAUAUUUUUUCAAACAAUAA